AGCAUUCCUCUGACUCCGAAUACACACUCUCAGAGCCGGACUCCGAAGAGGAAGAAGAUGAGGAGGAGGAGGAAGAGGAGACCACUGACGACCCCGAAUAUGACCCUGGCUACAAGAAGCUUGGCAACUAAGAACCUUCAAGAAUAGAACCUGAAUUACCGUAAUGACCAUCAUUAAGUCAGCGCUCACAGCGGACCAGGCCCUGGGCUAAGAGCUUUAUAUGGACAAUCGCCUUGGAACCUUAUGAGCUAUGCCUCCGCCGCGGGGUGACGUGACCGCCUUGUUCCUGGGGCCUCCGGGUUCGGGAAAGUCCGCGCUGAUCGCAGCGCUGUGCAACAAGGAUGUGGAGAUGGUAGAUAUCCCCGAUGGACGGCCGGAUCCCGGGGUCCCCAGCCUGCGAGCUGCGGGCCCAGGCCUCUUCCUGGGCGAGCUGAGCUGCCCCCCCGCAGCUCCGGGGCCCUGGGCCGCGGAGGCUAACGUGCUGGUACUGGUGCUGCCCGGCCCCGGGGGAAAUGGCGAACCCUUGGCUCCAGCGCUGGGGGAAGCAGCGCGGGCCGCCAUGGCGCGAGGGACCCCUCUGCUGGCUGUGCGGAACCUCGGUCCUGGGGAUUCACAAAAUGAAGCCCAGGCCCGGGAUCAGACAGCCGCCCUGCUGAACAGCACGGGGUUGGGAGCCGCGCCUCUCUUCGUGCUGCAGACGGACUGCGGCAGCAGCGACAGCUGCGAGGAGCUGGAGCGCCUGCGGGGAGCUUUGCGGAGCCAGGCGGAGGCGUUGCAGAGGCUCCUGCCACCUGCUCAGGAUGGUUUCGAGGUGCUGGGCGCAGCAGAGCUGGAGGCUGUGCGCGAAGCCUUUGAGACCGGUGGUCUGGAGGCGGCACUGUCUUGGGUUCGCGGUAGCCUGGAGCGACUGGGCAGCGCGCGGCUGGACCUGGCUGUGGCCGGCAUGGCUGACGUGGGCCUUGUGCUGAACAUGCUGCUUGGGUUGGAUCCUGGGGACCCAGGGGCCGUGCCUGUUUCAUUGCCCGCGGAACCCACGCCCUACCCAGCCCCAGAGCGCUCCAACGUGGUGCUCUGGACCGUACCUCUCGGCUCCGCGGGCACUGCUGCUGUCCCCCACCCUACCCAUUAUGACGCUGUCAUCCUCGUUACUCCUGGGGCCCCCACUGAGGAGGACUGGGCCCAGGUCAGGCCCUUGGUGCUACCGGAUGCACCGCUGGUCUGCGUGCGAACAGACGGCCAGGGCAAGGAUCCGGAGCCUUUGGAAGAGGAGGAAAAGGCAGAGAAACCCGGCGGGGGCGAGAGCCUAGAGAACGCAGACGGAGGGGGGUUGGAGGAGGAAUGCAGCGAGGGAAGGGAGAAACGGGGCACUGGAUCACAGAAAGCAGGGAGUGGGGAAGGUUCAGAGAAAGCAGGCAUCGAGAGUUUGCAGCAGGUUGGUGGCUCGAAGCAAUCACGCAGCGGGGACUCGGAGCGUGCGGCUACCUGGAGCCCGGAGGACGAUACAUGGGAGGUACUGGAGGAGGCGCCGCCGCCGGUGUUCCCCCUGCGGCGGGGCGGACUCCCAGGGCUCUGUGAGUGGCUGCGACGCGCACUUGCCCCGGCCCAGGCUGGGGCGCUGCUAUUGGCGCUGCCACCAAUGUCUCCGCGCGCAGCCCGAACGAAGGUUGCUGCGCUGCGGGCUGGGGCGUGGCGCCCGGCUCUGCUGGCCAGCCUGGCGGCAGCGGCCGCACCAGUACCCGGGCUCGGCUGGGCCUGCGACGUGGCGCUUCUGCGCGGUCAGCUGGCAGAGUGGCGGAGGGCACUAGGACUCGAACCAGCGGCGCUGGCCCGACGCGAGCGCAUGCUGGGCAUGGCACCUGGGGAGCUGGCAGAGCAGACGCACUUCCCGGGCCCGGUAACGCGUGCUGAAGUGGAGGCGAGGCUGGGUGCCUGGGCAGGCGAGGGCACCGCUGGGGGCGCAGCGCUGGGGGCGCUCUCCUUCCUGUGGCCCGCGGGUGGCGCAGCAGCCACUGGUGGCCUGGGUUACCGUGCAGCGCACGGUGUCCUCCUGCAGGCGCUGGACGAGAUGCUGGCAGACGCCGAGGCAGUGCUGGCACCCCAUGCGCCUGCCCAGUGAGGGGUAGGGAUCACAGUUGGGACUUCCUGAGUGCUCUGCUUCCUGGCUGCUUUGCUCCGCCAGGGGCUGAGGACUCCAAGUCCCGUGUAGAGUGAGGGGGGUUGGGGGUCCAGUCUCUGGCAUGGGAUAUCUGAGCCUCUAAGCUAACAGCACCGGGCCAGGCACUUCAAAUCCUGGGUGUUUGAAUGGGAUGAGGCUCUGACUACUGGUUGGGGUAUGUGGCUUCCAGUCACCCGGAUUCCUGAGUCUUGAAGGAGAAUAGAAUCUGGAGGUCAGGACUCCUGAUUAUUCUGGGGAUCACUGGGCAGGACCCCCAGACUUGUGUUCUGAGGGGAGUUGAGGGGUUGAACUCCUAGAAGAGGGUAUAUCUUGGUCUUCAAGGGAGUAGAAACUGGAUCUAUUAUUGGAUGUCUAGUCCUCCAGGGGGAGGGGGAGAGGAAGCCCUGAUUCCUGAUAAGGGGCUCUCCAUGUGCUGGGGAUUCCAGUAUGGAGGACUGGGUCUGGGAACUCCAGGGCGCUGGAGCCCCUGGACUUUGAGCCACAAAGAGACAGGUCUGUGUUUCCUUAGAAUAGGCCUGCACACAGCCUCCCAGUUCCUCAAGAGGCAGUGGGCUUUGAAUCAUCAUCGGGGGAGAGGGGAGGAACAGUAUGGGUCCUCAGACUCCUGGAUCCCAAGAGGACUAUGGACCUUGGUUCCUAAUUCCUGGAUAGUGGGAGGUCUGCAUCUAGAGGGAACGGGCUGUGUGACAGCUAGAAACUUGGGCCUUUCUUGAUGAGUAGAGGGAUAUUUCAUAUUUGCUCAUCGGGGCGAGGGUCCUGGUGACCCAGACUCCUUUCCUAGCAGUUGUGGGGAGAAUGGCCCCACGGAAAUGAAGGGAGGAGGUAAGAGGGGCGUGGUGGGCUCCGGGUAGUCAGAGACCAGGAAUGAGGUCGUCUGGGUAUGGAAGGGCAAGAACCCAUACCUCAGAGGCCUCUUCUACAAAUCCCUAAUGAAUAUGGGUCCUGGAAACUGCGCCCCCUCUCUGUGACUUUCGGAAAGGAUAAGACUGCCCCCAUUUCAUAGGUGCUGAGUGAUUCGAGGGCUCUCUGGGGAAAUUAUUCUGUCCCUCUCUCUAGUGGUUUCUGUCUUCUUUUGGCCUUGGUUUAUUCUGUCGUCGCUCCUGAACCCUUUCUGGCCUUGGUAUUUUGUACACCUGCCUUUUUAGAGAAGCAGCUGUCCUGCUGUACUAAUCCAGAUGUUUCUGUGUUGGUUCCCUCAGGCAUCCUCAAGAGGCUCUGCCUUCUGGUGUACACAGAGAGUGCUGCAGUGAGCAAGCGACCCGCAGAACAGCUGGGCAGAUGUUCGAGCCCGUGGGAAUGUGCUGCAAGGCAGGCAAAGGCAGAAACCACAGUGCCUGGAAUGUUCUGGGCUGCCACCUACACGUAGAGGAGCAGCCACGAGUCACAGAAUUCUUCAGUGUCAAAAACAGGGACGGGGGAGCAGGGAACCUGAGAGACCGCCCAGCAGAAUCUCUUUUAUGAUUAAUGGGGAGAGCAAAGCCCAGAGAGGGCAGGCUCUAGGCCGUAUGUGGUCUGGCCCUGCCGGUUUUCAUUCUCUGCCCCACCUUAUCCCUCAACCAGCUUGCUAGAUCUUCCUUCGAUGCUUGAAUGGGCCACCUUGGGUCCUGCCUUAGGACAUUUGCACUUGCUGUUCAUUCUGCUUAGAAUGCUCUGCCCCGAGAUUUCUAUGACUGGCUCCUUCUGUCAAUCAGGUCUCAGCCCCUGCAGAAAGGCCUUUCCUGACUACUUUAACUGAAGUAGCUCACCCCCACCCCAUUAUUCAUUUCAGCCAGUUAAUUUUCUUUGUAGCAGUUGUUACUGUAGAAAAUUACCUUAUUUAUCUAUUUAUUUAUCUGUUUGUUGGCUAUUAUCCCCUUGUCCAUCUUGUAUUCGGCUGUACCCCCAGCACCUAGAAUCGUGCUUGACACACAGUAGGUGCUUAGUAAAUAUUAUUUUAAUUUAUUAGUCAGUGGCAGAACUAAGGCUGGAAUGUAGAUUGUCGGCCUCUUGCCACAAGACUGGGAAAGGAAUGAGAUGGGGGUGAAAAUAAGCAUAUAAUGGAGAGGAAGUGCCCGUGUGAGGUCAGGGAACCUGGAAGGCAAGCUUGGCUUUGCCACUGUCACUCCGGGUAACUUGGACCACUGCCUGUUUUCCCAUCUGUGAAGUGUAAGGGCUGGACGAGAACCAUAACUACUUCCAAGAUCCUAUUUCCUUUGACAACUGAAGGCAAGGGUAAUUGAUCUGAGGGGCAAGUACUUGAGGGAUGGCUCCCCCAUCUCUAGCUUGAAUUCCCACCUGGCACAAUUUGUCCCAUCAAAGUUGAGAUGGCCAAGAUGCGAAAAAGCAUUUGGCUUUAUACUGAAUUUGAGGCAUUAUCCUCAAAGCUCACAGCCUUAGGGGAGUGAAAUUCUAUUAGCAUAGCUCUAGGGUCAGACAAUCCUCUUGACUUUGGGGGUGACCUUGGGCAAGUCACUUAGCAAAUGGUAUCUACCUCACAGGGUUGUUGUGAGAAUUCAGUGUGUACGUAGGUAUAUGCAUUCUCUC